GUCAGGGGUCAGGGGCGAUAUGUUUGCCAGUGUUUGCCUGGGGCACUGCAAAGGAGCACCUUUUCGCCCUUAGCGAACAGGCGAAGACAGUGAACGGAAGCAAACGCAAGAACGGAAGGGAGCAGAGGAGCAGAGCAGAGGUUGAGCAGCAAGGCCCGUGGAAGGGAGGAGGCGACGGACGACGACCGACGACGGCUAGAGCUGCCGUUCAUACGAAUAGGGUGGAGAUGGCCACAGAAGAAGUGGUCAAACUUCAGCGGCACCUGUCACUGCUCAGAGAGGAGUAUGUCAAGCUGCAGACGAGACUCGCAGACGUCGAAAAGAAGUACAACGUCGCAGCUGCGACAUCGGGAAAUGUCGACGACAACAGCUUCGUCGCACGCCUUCUCAAGACAGUUGCUAGCCUGUUUGAUCAGGAGCUCUAUAGUGACCUUACAGUGCGCUUGGAUGGGAAAACCGUACGGGCACACAAGUUGGUGUUUUCGUGCCGCAGUAACUCGUGGGGUGUCGCAGACUUAGCUAACGAGGAUCAGCUGGAUUUAACGGAUAUUCCUCAAGAAAUGGGCAUGGUGCUGCUCCGUUGGGUUUACACUGACCAGAUAGAGCCAGGACUGAAGGAUACAUUUUUGCUUGAACUAAUGAAAACUGCCAAACGAUUCGCACUCGAUACACUGGUGCAAAAGUGUGAAGAGGGCCUGAUGUCCUCGGUGACAGUAAAAAACUGUGUCAGGUACUAUCAGACCGCAGACGAGAUUGGAGCCAAGUGCUUACAAAGACACUGCUCCGAACUAAUUUCGAAUCACUGGAACGACUUCAACUCCGACGACUUUGCUCACAUGUCUGCCCCGCUUCUGUACAACAUGUUUAAGGCGAAGACCGUGUACCCGCUCCACACCGCUAUUCGCACAAAGAGGGAAGACGUGGUCUUUCUGUAUCUGAUCGAGUUCGACGCCCAGUUACCGGGCAAGCUCAACGAGAUAGACGACAAGGGGAACCUGCCUUUAGACUUGGCACUCUCGUCGCGUCAGGAGAGCAUUGCAAAGACCCUGAUCAACCACAAGGCUGACGUGAAUGCUGUAGAUUACAAGGGUUACACAUUAUUGCAUCAGGCCAUACAAAGAGGUGACGAAUUCUCCGCUGUGUUUCUAAUUGAGCACAAUGCGUCCGUCAGCUCUGCCGUCCCCAUGGAGAAGGAAACUGCUCUGCACAUGGUUGCUAGCUUCAAACCCGAAACUACCGACGACAGUGUCGUGGAAGCAAUGGCAAACGUGGCGGCGCUUCUCUUGCGCAACGGCGCAUCCGUUAAUGAGCAGGACUGCAACGGAAACACUCCACUUCAUAGGUGCAUUGAAGCUAAUAAUUCUAAGGUAUUCCAUCUACUGCUGAACUGUGAGUCGCUCAACCUGGAGCUGAAGAACAACGAUGAGCACACUGCGUUGUGGCAUACCCUCCACACGUCGGGAGGGCCCUAUGACGCCGGCAGCUUUGCUGCACAGCUUGCCGACAGAGGCGCUAACUUGGAUUCCGUGAACAAGAUCACUGGAGAUUCCCUGCUCCAUCUCGCUGCUCAAACUCGAAAUGAGGAAGCCGGGCAGUUCCUCGUUGAUCGAGGUGCCAAAUGUAACAUAAUAAAUGGAAAGGGUGAGACUGCUCUUCAUGUGGCUUGCCGUAUGGGUUUGGCAAAGCUUGCCAGGGCGUUGCUCGACCAUGGAGCCGACCCCAAUAAGCAGAGCCUCAGUAUCAGUGCAAUGGAUGACGAAACAACUGCGUAUCUGCAAACACCGCUCCACCUGGCUGUACUCUGUGAGCAUGCUGAUACAGUGAAGAGCAUACUGGAGUAUAAAGUGGUUGCGCAGCAAUGUCCUAGCAACCCUCCGCUGCCGAACUUGAAUGUAAAGAACUCGAGAGAUGAAACGCCGCUAAGCCUGGCCCUGGAACUUAGCCUGCACUCGGUGGCAAGGGAUCUGCUAGCUGCGGGUGCAAGCUUAGACGUCGUGGAUGGCGAGGGGCUGACCCUGCUCCAUCGGGCCAUAAUGCAUCAGGACACGCACGGUGCUCUGUUCCUGCUCGAACAGGGGGCAGACUUCGACUUCAAAACGUCCAGCAACGAGACGCCCCUGCAGCUGGCAAUUAAGCGUCACCUUCCGGCUGUGGUGAAGGCUCUCUGCGAGCUUGGUGCGGACAUGACAGUUGAGGACGAAGACUGCCAGAGUGCACUGUGGCUCGCGCUCGAAGGCGGGCAAGAGGAUGUUGCUUCUAUACUAGUGCAAUACGGAUGUGAUCCAGACUGCUGGUCACCUGGACCCGGUGGAUGUUACCAAACCCUCCUUCACCGCGCGAUCGAUGAAAAUAACGAUUCCGUCGCCUGCUUUCUAAUACGUAGUGGCUGUGACCUGAACAGCCCGAGAAGGCCAGGACCUCAUGGGGAGGGCGAAGAGGAGGCGUACGACAGGCAGACCCCUCUCCACCUCUCGUGCUCGUGGAGCCAAGAGAGCGUCGUACAAACUCUAAUCGAGCACGGAGCCGACAUCAAUGCUCAGGAUGCCGAGAACAGGACUCCCCUGCACGUGGCCAUCACGAAUCAGAAUCCGUUGAUCAUAUCCCUACUCUUGGGACACCCCGACCUGGACCUCUCACUGAAGGACAAGCAGGGCAUGACGCCAUUCGCGAUUGCUAUGAACACCAAAAAUAACAAAGCAGCAGAGGGCAUCAUCGCUAGGGCACCCACAGCCGCUGAACAGUAUGAUGCCCGAGGGCGAAACUUUCUCCACGUGGCUAUUCAGAAAUCCGAUAUCGAGAGCGUGCUCUUCUUGCUGAGCAUUCGCGUCAACAUUCACUCGCGGAUGCAAGAUGCGUCGCAGCUCGCGCCGCUGCACUUGGCUGUUGAAACGGGCACGGAAAUCAUCGUUCGCAACUUGCUUCUCGCCGGGGCCAGCGUUAGCGAUCUGACACCGCAGAGGCAAACCUCAUUGCACUUGGCUGCUGCAAAGGACCACUCCCAGAUAUGCGCAGUUUUGCUCGAAAAUGGCGUCGAUUGUGACGCAGUUGACUGCAACUUAAAUAAUGCGUUACACGUUGCUGCACAAAAAGGCCACCUUGCAACAUGCAGGGUUUUGCUGACAGAAUGCAACAUCAAUGCAGAAGCAGUAAACUUGAGAGGGCAGAACCCACUUCAUGUGCUGUGCCAGCACGGGAAGGAAGCAGCUGCAGCAAUAUUCGAACUGUUUCUGGAGUGCAUGCCACAGUACCCCAUCAACAAGCCAGACGUUGAGGGAAAUUCAGCUCUUCUCCUCGCAUACAUUAAUGGAAACGGGAAUUUAUGCCGCUCCCUCGUAAGGGCGGGUGCGUGCCUCGGCCUAUCCAACCAGAACGGAGUCAACAUCUUCAACUACCAAGUUGCGACGAAGCAACUGCUCGUUCGCCUCUUAGACUUCUUGCCAAGGGAACCACCGUGGUCUGAAGGAGACGCGUGCUUAGAAUGCGGCAACAAGUUUGGCAUUAAGACGAGGAAACAUCACUGUCGCCAUUGUGGCCGUAUACUGUGUGCCAAGUGUUCGGAGCGAGACAUUCCAAUCCUCAAGUUCAACCUCAACAAGCCAGUGCGGGUGUGCAGCAUCUGCUUUGACGUUCUAACAUUGGGGGCAUCCGCCUGACACUACUCUACGCAGGUGACACCCUGCAGGUCGAAGAAUAUGGUUUCCAUGGACUACUUCCUGUAAAUAGAACAAACUGUACAGUUUCGUUACCGAGGGCGAGGUAUUGUAUAGAUAUCGUGCGCUGUUCUUGUAAGUUAAAAUAUUGAAUCUCUGUCAUAGUUAUACUUGGAAGGCAAUAAAUGUUUUGGAACUUU